AUGGGAGCCUGCAGUAGUAGUCCAGGUUCUCCUGAGACGCCAACGAAAAAACAAGAAAAAAGUCCAGCAUCAAACGCUGUGCAUUCCGCCACCAAGAAGAGUGGAAUUUCUUCCAAGAAUGGCGGCCGGAAACGAGUUGAGAUGUCGCCUGAAAUGGCUGCAGUGCCAUUGGAACAGGUUCUCCACCGAGCGGCCUCCUUGUUGGAAGGAUUCCAAGACGAGUCUCAGUUGUCCAAGUCGGAGAUUACAGAAGCCUUGAACACCUACAAGGAACUGCAAAGAAUACUCAGUGUGGCCACCCGGACGGGAGAUUGGAUGUCCAAACCAGUAAUAAAACAACAAAACACUUUGGAUGAGACUACCAAGGAAACUGGCAUUCUUUUUCACGAGAGAUUUCAAAAGCUACAAGAAGAAAUCCAAUCGGCUGAAACGGUCCAGCAGGACAUGUUGGCAGCCCAUCCGGCCAUGGUCCGACCGCUAACUCUGGAAACCGUGGAUAGGGAAAUUCCCCGCAACAUUUUCUUUCUCGACAAUUCACUGCGAGAGACGACUGUGGGGGCAUCGCAGGGUCAUUCCCUGGAAGAAAAGUAUGCCAUUCUCAAAUCCAUGGCGGAGACGGGGAUGCAAGAGGUGAUUCUUGGGAGUUUUGGGACCAAAAUCAGUGUGGACAGUCAAAUAUCGGCCCGUUGGAAGGACCUUGGACGAACGUUCGACUCGGCAUGGGGCUUUUGUGAUAUCUAUGAUUGGGAAUCCUACGAUGAACGACCUCUCUGGGAUGACAUGCCCAAGUUUCUGGAGCACGUCAAGCACAAUUCCAAUGAGGCAUACCCAUUUGUCACUCCUCCCGCUAACAUUCGGUUUGACUAUGACAAGGAUGACCUGGAUCUGCUGACGAGAGCGUCUCAAGGGUUUCGACCCAAUGCCUUUGGAGGCAAGUCUCUGCAAAAGGUGCUGGAAGAAUCUAGCUCCAAAAUACACGGGCGAAUCCCACUGGGUUUGAUCAUGAUGGCUGGUUAUGGCAUCUGCAAUGCCAUUAUGGAAGUGGAUACAACCCUGGAAACAUUCGACUACCAAAAGUACGAUGUAAUGGCCCGAUGUCAAUUCCUGAUAAAGUGGUGUCACAACAACCUACCAAGUAGAAACGUGUCUGGAAGUGAUCAUGAUAAGGCACCCCGUGUUUUGGUGAACCUGCGCGACUUUACCAACUUUCAACGGAGCCCUGUUGGAAGGGAACGGGCUUUGCAUCUCGUGGAUACACUCUCACGCCAUACCCCCAAUCGUCCCUUUGGAUUCAUGAUGGAAGAGCCAUCGGGUUGGUUGCUCCCCGAUGAGGUCGCCAAGCUCUGUCGAAUGGUCCGGCUUACCAUGCAACGGGCGGGGCACCCCCAUGGCAAAUUCCUGGUGCAUAUUCACAUGGCCUUUGGAAUGGCGGAUAUGACACAACUUCUGUCUCUGGCAAAUGGGGCCGACGGUGUGUGGGCGGCUCUGACGCGAACGGGUGCUCAAGUGGGCCAUGCCUGUUCCACAGUGACAGCGGUCAAUCUGUUUCGACUGGGCCAUCAGCAGGUUGCCAAGCAAGUCAAUCUGCGCAAGAUGGUCCAGGCUGCACGACGCAUUACGGAAAUCACAACUCGAAAACCCUGCGGUACUCACGAAGAGGUGUAUGGGGAGCUGGCCUUUGAUAUUCCGUAUGUAAUGACCAAUCUACCGGCCUGUCGAUACACUUUAGCUUUGGUUGUGCAAGAGCUGGACAUUCAAAGGACGGUGCGUCUCAAUGAAUUGUCGUCGGUCUACGCAGUACAAAUGGCAAUGCAGGAGCGUUUUGGCAAACCAGUGACAAACAGCAAAAAAUCCCGUUACGGGUCGGGCCAAGCAUCAUCGUGGGAUCCACAAUAUUGCCCUCAAAUGAGGGAAGCAAUCCACAAUCAUCUUUUGACCGGCCUUUCGAGAGACUACAAUACCAAAAUUGGGCUUGGGCACCUGUAUCGAUUGGUUUCUCGGAAGGCAUUACCACUCAACAUGGUCGCUGGCAUGAUGGUGGACUCCAGUGUACCCGACUGCCAUCCUACUAUUCUAGAUUUUACCUAUCGGUGGAAUAGAUUGUGUACCAAGUACCUAGAAAAGGAACUGCCACCAUGCCCUGAAGAAGCCUCCAGAAGCACCAUGCUGUACAACCAUGAGUUCACCAACGCCCCCAUUCUAAACUGUCUGCCCUUUGACUAUUACAUGGCUGAUGUUGUCAGUAAUGAGGGACCUGGUCAGUUCCCAAAACUGUUGAGACUGCACAUGGUGCGCAGGCUGGCAAAAGACGAGGCACGGCACCAAAAUACAAAGUUUCCUCUCAUCCACUUUUAUGAAACGAUUGUGCGACUCAAGUUGUUCAUUCAAGAAGCGACUCACAAGGGUUUCCUUCCUUUGGUUGACGACUUUGCGAUGCAGCGUCCUUUGGAGGCGUUGUUUGGAGAUGAGCUUCGAUGGCUGCACGAGCAACGCAGUUGGAGCGACAAGACAGUGUUCCGACAAACAGUAAGAGCUCUGAUAAAACAGAUCCAACAAAAAGCGCGCACUCGAAAGGCCAAGAGUGGAUCCCAAAACACCAGCAAGGCCGCUGAGCGAAUGCUUGCAUAUGUGGAGAGACGCUUCGCCGACCAUCAAGCGUUGCCUGAAAAGCUCUCGAAGGAGCUGAGCAAUAGCAACUUGAUACCCUUCGGACCGGGCGUUUUGGAGGUCGACGUUGACGGCGAUGACGAUCUUGUAGACACAAGCUGCCCGUCAAACUUCAACCAACCGCACCGUCAAGUCAUCCAACAACUGACUCAGCAGAGUAAGGAGGAAGACUACUCUGAGAGUAGGGAGCUGGAGGAGAUUUACAACGCCACGCUGGGAAUAGCUGGUCCUGUCAACGAUCUUGACUCGGCGUAUUUUGGUGAGCCCAGUAACGAGGCGGCCAGUGCCCUCAUACAAAAGUUUGACGAAGUGGAUAUCUGGCAGACAUCACUUCACACUUCUAGUUUCGAGCAUCCCCACCUCCUGAAGCCUCAAGCGCUUCCAAAACCAAUCGCUCCAGGUGGACAAUUGGCAAGGCGCCAUUCGCCAUUCGGUUCCUUUGACUUCGCCCACAACCCAAAUGCCAUGACACCCCAACCAAAGGCUCUGCUGCUCGUUAUUGUCAUGAGACUGCUCUGUCUCUCGCUCGUUACACGGCGGGCCAUGUCCUUUGCUCCUCGUCAUUUGGGCCUUGCUGCACCCACUGGAGUCUCUGUUGUUGUUCAGCAACAACAACCAUGGAUGCGACAGCCUCUUCGUCUCUUUGCCGCGUCCGCCAGUCCCCCAGCCAUCAAGCACAUUGGCAAAGCUCACAUGGAAGAAUUGUUGGAAGACUAUGAGGCUGGAGACUCGGAGUUUGUCGUGAUUGACGUUCGAACUUCGGAAGAAAUUCUCAACACGGGAAAGCUGAGUCCCAGUGUCCACACUCUGCCGGUUCAAAUUAUCAUGGAGAAGAAUGUCUUUGCAUUGGACGAGGAAGAUUUCGAAGACUUGACUGGAUUUGAAAAACCCGCUCCGGAUGCCACAUUGGUCUUUUCCUGUGCUGCCGGUAUCCGAUCCGUCUAUGCCUGCCAAUUCGCCAGUCAGGCGGGGUACUCCAAACUCAUCAACUAUACCGGGGGAAGCAACGAGUGGUUCCAACCCUCCUCCUGGUAG